AUGCAUAUACACCACAACAUGUGGCUGUUUGCUGCGGCAGUCGUGUGCGGUGUUGUUACAUCUGUCUUUGGAUUCAUUGAACCAAUUCCAAUGCCGGAAACCCUUGACGAAUGUUACAAAUACCGUGUCCAGAAUCUUAGUAUAACAGAGGUGCCUUCACAGGACAUAAACAUGUUUUGUAUAACACGAUUCCUCUACUCGACCUCCCACCUCCGUCCACAACGUCCGAUAUCCAACGAGACUAUCGCGUACGCUCAAGAACUAUUUCGUCAACUUCUUACUAACUACAACCCCGAGAAUGGACACAGAGUAAAAAGGCAACUCAGUGGUGUUCGCCAGGAGAUUCGUACGCUUAGUAGACCUCAGUGGGACCUCUUCACAAACAGAAUCAACAUGCUUAAAAACCUACCGGUUGGUAACGGAAUGAAUCGUUAUGAUUCUAUAGCUGAUAUUCAUCGACUUGUCAUUGCAUCGGCACACAACGGACCAAACUUCUUAGGUUGGCAUAGAAUAUACCUUUUGCUACUCCAAAUUGCUUUGGGAGGUGUUCCUAUCCCCUACUGGGACAGCAGACUUGAUUUCCGUAUGGACGAACCAACCGAUUCAGUGCUUUGGACAUCGGAAUUUUUCGGAAAUGGAUUUGGUGUUGUAACUGAAGGUCCAUUUGGAAACUGGCAAACUCCAGGAGGGUCUGCUCUGAUUCGAAACAUAGGAAACGAUGGUACCCUUAUUAACGAUGAUGGAUUCAACGCAGUUUUGACAAGAAAUUUUCACCGCGAAAUCGUUGAACCUAGCAACAAUCCAAUGUUUAGUUUAGAAGGUCAUCACAAUGGACCCCAUGUUUGGGUAGACGGACAGCUAUCUGCCCCUGCUACUGCUGCACAGGAUCCUAUUUUUUUCUUGCAUCAUUCUUUUAUAGAUUAUUUCUGGAGUCUUUUUAGAAGAAGGCAGAGAUCACUUGGUAUAAAUUCGGCAUCUGAUUAUCCUCCUACGAAUAAUCCUUUGCAACAACCGUUUGCUAGAAUGAUACCGUUUAAUUUACGGAACAUCAACGGAUACAAUGAUUAUUUUGCUCGUCUAACUUUCUAUGCGCCGUCGCCGACGUGUCCAGCUUGUGGUGGUAGCAGUUAUCUGGAAUGUGUUGGAGGGGCAUGUAGAUCUCGUGUAGGAGUGACACCCGGAGGAGGCGGCGGUAUGGCAAUGGCUGCUAGUUUUGCUGGAAGGGGUGCUAUGGGUGGAAUGGCUCCAGCAAGUGUUGGUGGUCCUGAAAGAGCAAGAGCAACUGUGAUGGCAAGAGGGGCCCUCAAUAUUGGUGGAAGAUUCCAAUCGGCUUUUAGAGAUCCCAGAACAAGACAAGAUACCUUACCAAAUGCUCCUGUAAGCCGCGGCAAAAGAAGUGCAGCAGUCACUAAUACUACCGCAAGUAACUCUGAUGCAAACAAGGAUACAUCACAAAUUAAUCGGCCUUAUCAGAAUACAUUUGUACUAAAUGGAGUAGCUAAUACAAGUUUAUGGGCCUUUGUCCCUGUUCGCAUCAUUUUCGAGAGACCCCCAGAUGCUCAAUUUGAAUCUUACUUGAUUCAAGACGGCAAAGUAGUUAAAACCUCUGACAUGUUCUCAGCUGGAAACCAUACCGGAUACACUCUCCAGAUACGAAAGAAGAUGCCUGCUACUUACAAAAAAUGUCACGUGUCGGGCUCCGGAGCUUCCAAAGUUUUCGUCCAGACCGAUGGUAUUGAUUACUCCGGUAGAUACAAGGACUAUGCUGUGGUAGAUGAAAGGCUGCCGAUCUCAUCUUCCUUGACAUAUGUCGGUGUCAAAAAUCCCACUGAUGGGGCAGCUAAGUUUUAUAUGACCGCAUAUGACUCGUGUGGACGUGUCUGCAGACCACAGUGUCUCAUCAAGGGAAGCUAUCGACCGUGUUCUGGUGCUUUUCGCAUAACGUCAUCCUUCCCGAAAAUGUAUGGCAUUACAUUUGAAGAUGCAGUUAAAGGUAUUUGGAAAAAAGGUGAAGGUCUAGGUACAGAAUCAAAUGGAGCUGGAAUACCAGUUACUUUUCUUUGUGAAAUCCAAUAUUCCUGGCCAUGGUUGCAAGCAAAUAAGCAAUUUUAA